GAAAGGAGGUGGGUAGAAAGGGGCGUGAGAUUAUAAAACCGAGGAUCGCCGUAUGUCUUUUUGUACCUUCCACACAUUUAGUCCCUACCGCCCACGGCCACCAUCUGCUGCUCCUGAAGCAGAGGCUCAUACAACGGCGUCAAGCCUGGAGCUUUAAAGACAACAACGGGGUACCCCGUUUAAAGCACCACGGUUCCUAAGACAUUGGAUUAGCUGAGUGAACUUUAUCACUAAAGCUAAGACCACCGUUGUUGCCGCCAUCCACCAGUUCCACAAAUCAGAAACAAAAUGGUGCAGAACAAGAUCACCGAAGUUACCGGAUUCCAUCGCUCUUUUAAGGGCCAAAAUCCCUUUGAAUCUGAGGAAUUUUCCAAAACAGGAUCCCAUCUCCUUGAAUCUGCCUUCAAUUUUGAUUGUUCCGCCCGACUUGACAUGCCAUCCAGCCAGCCCAUCGACAUCCCAGAUGCCAAAAAGAGAAACAAGAAGAAAAAGAGAUGCAGGGCAACAGACAGCUUCUCAGGGCGAUUUGAGGAUGUAUAUAAACUGCAAGAUGAGGUGCUGGGAGAAGGGGCCUAUGCCAGAGUCCAGACCUGCAUCAACCAAAUCACCCACAAAGAAUAUGCUGUGAAGAUCAUUGAGAAAAGGCCAGGACACAGCAGGAGUCGUGUUUUCAGAGAGGUGGAAAUGCUGUACCAGUGUCAGGGGCACAGAAAUAUUCUGGAGCUGGUGGAGUUCUUUGAGGAGGAGGACAAGUUUUACCUUGUGUUUGAGAAGCUGAGAGGAGGCUCUGUCUUGGCCCACAUUCACAAGAGGAGAUACUUCAGCGAGCAGGAAGCCAGCAUUGUGGUGCAGGACAUUGCGAGUGCACUGGACUUCCUUCACAAUAAAGGAAUGGCCCACAGAGACCUGAAGCCUGAAAACAUCUUGUGUGAACACGAGAAAAGGAUUUCGCCUGUGAAGAUAUGCGAUUUUGAUCUUGGCAGUGGAAUUAAACUCAACAGUGACAGUUCACCCAUCUCCACUCCAGAGCUCCUCACUCCAUGUGGAUCUGCUGAAUACAUGGCGCCGGAAGUUGUGGAAGCUUUCAACGAGGAGGCCACCAUCUACGAUAAGCGCUGUGAUCUGUGGAGCCUGGGCGUCAUCCUUUACAUCAUGCUGAGCGGUUACCCUCCCUUCGUGGGCCGCUGUAGACGCAUCUGUGGAUGGGAGAACGGAGAACCUUGUCAAGCGUGUCAGAACACCUUGUUUGAAAGCAUCCAGGAGGGCAAGUAUGAGUUUCCAGAGAAAGAGUGGGCUCAUAUUUCCUCCAGUGCCAAAGACCUCAUUUCCAAACUGCUUGUGCGGGACGCCAAGAAACGUCUCAGCGCUGCUCAGGUUCUCCAGCACCCCUGGGUACAAGGGGGUGCCUUUGACUGUCUGCCUUCCUCUAUCUUGCUGCAAAGGAAUAGCAGCACUAGGGACCUGACGUUCUUUGCGGGCAAGGCUGUUGCCAUGAACCGGCAACUAGCCGAGCAAGACGACCUAGAAGAACAGGAGCUGCAGGACUCCCCUCAGGUCGUUACAGCCGGUGCCACAUCCAUGCGCCUCUCCCCUCCCUCCAACUCCAAACUGGCCAAGCGCAGACAGAGGAGUAGCCUGCUGAAAGGAGCACCCGUGUCUGCUUCCGAGCUCAGGCAGCUCCUGGCACCGCUGGUCAUUGUGGGAGACUGUGCUUGAUCGGUUGAGCUGGGCUCCCUGUGAACAAUUUUCCAAUUUCAAAUGGACAAAGUAUCUGAUACCUUUUGUGCAAAUCCCUCUCCAUUUCUUCUGCCCACUUGAAUGAGACCCAGUUCUUUCCUACACAAUGGUUCAGUUUGUGCCUGUUGCAAAUCCAGUUUGCUUCUUUAAGCACUGGAGCAAAAGCUCCUACAGCACUUUGUUCAGCUCUCGACAGCAUGGGAAUUACCUUGAGAGCUCAAGGCGAAUGAACUGGACUCUGUUUAGGACAGAGAUUGGGUUUACACAAGCCAUUCGGAAAUUUGUCUAAAGGUAGAGCGUAAAAUACCAGCUCAGACACCAAAGGUCUAAUACCUCCCACCCCCCUUCCGAACCUCUUUUUGUGCUGCUUCCACGUUACAACUGGAUCCACUGUGAAUUUUCUCUGUGAGAGAUACAACUGCGUUUGUUUUUCAGGAACGUUCUUCCUGUGUGUGUGUGUGUGU